CUCCAUGGACCCGUCUGGAACGGAUUAAUCCACUUUCCAUUACUUUCAAUGGGAAAGUUCACUUCAGUUUAUGAACGCUUCAGUUUAAGUACUCCAUGGACCGUCUGGAACAGAUUAAUCCACUUUCCAUUACUUUCAAUGGGAAAGUUCACUUCAGUUUAUGAACGGUUCAGUUUAUGAACAGACUUCCGGAACCAAUUGUGUUCAUAAACCGAGGUACCACUGUAAAACAAGAGAAUACAGCUGUGGUUGCAGGCAAGGGUUAAUGCUCAGAGGGGGGGGGGAUAAUACAAUUUAGAGAAAACCUCCUACAUUUAAAAGGUAGGAUGAACUGCAAAGAGGGGAUUAGAGGUCUUUCCUCCUUUCUCUCUUUCCCCCUCCCCUUUUGCAUUUGAGUCUAGGCACUUAAAGUGCUUCCAGGUAGCCUUGAGCAUUGAUUCUGAUUUGUUUGCAGGAAGAUUUCUCAAUGUUGCCUACUUAACGAACAUUUAUUCUACAAGUUUGUUGUGCAAGACCUCCCAAUCAACGGUAAUGGCAUGACCCGAAUUUUCUGGUAUGUGAUUGAAUUCCCACCUGAAAACAGAAAGUUUAGAAAAGCCCUUAGUCUUGCCAUAACUAAUUUAAAUCAGUGGAUUGAAGUGCACCUAACUCACAGUGCAGUCCUGUGCAUGCUUACUCAGAAGUAAAUGCCACUAUGUUCAGUGGCACUUGCUACCAGGGACGUGCUUGGGGUGGGAAUCUUGGCAUAGGAUGGCAGUCUUAGGGUGUGUCCAUAUUAGUUGUGGCAUUGCAACAUUUCUUUGUCUUGUUAUCACUGUCAUGAAAGAAGGUAGCAGCAGGUGCCCAUUGAAGCGUGGACAGUUACAAAGCAUACAGUGGUUUCCCACACUGAGUGGGCAAUGCUAAAUAGUGUCCCUUUGGAAGUAUCCUUAUAUCAUCCCAUGGUUAUUUUCUCAGACGCAAGUCCUGCUCUUCCACCUAGAGUUGCAGCAUUAUGAUUUUCCAUCCCUUUGCUUUGAAGUCUGUCCCCUUGUUUAGGUUUCUAUUGUUUCAUCUAUUGUUGUUUUAUAUUAUUAUUGUGUAUGUAUAUGUGUGUGUGAAUGUACAUAUAAAUAGUCUCACCCCUCUAAAAAACAUUCAAGAAAGCUCCCUCACAGGGUUGUUGCGAUGGUAUUAAAUCAAAAUGAGGAGAACCAUGUUAAGUCCUCCUUGGAGAAAAGGCAGGAUGUAAAUGCAAUAAAUAAAGUAAGUGUUUAUAGGACUGCAGGCUUUGCAUUAAUACUGAUGUGGCAAUCCUAUACCUAACUUUCCCUAGGAUUAAGGCGACCUGGUAUAGUGGAUAAGAGCGUGGGACUGGGACCUGCGAGACCAGGGUUCAAAUCCUAUCCUACCUCGCAGGGUUGUUGUGGGGAUUUAAAUGAGGAAGGGGAUGUACAUCCCACCUCGAGCUCUUGGAGGCAUGGGAUGUUAGCGCAAAUAAAAUAGAAUAAAAUAAAAAUAAACUGGGAUUACUUCUAAGUGUACAUGUUUAAGACUGUGAGACAACUUCCCAUUGCUGACGAAACGGCGCACGGCGCGCGCGGAGGAGGCAUCAGAUUGUUGUUGCUCUUCUUUCCCCGGGCGGCUCACUCGAUUGGCUCACGGGACUUUUUGCUAGCCAAUAAAAUUUGGGCGGGGAAAAAACCAACCCGCCCCGUCAGGCGGGGCCUUAAGCGGCUCGCUCUCGUUCUCUCGGGAAACCUAUGACGUCAGCGGCGAGGGAGGCGGGCCGAAGCAGCUCUUCCCAAUUUGGCGCGCUUUCGAGCAACUCCAGAAGGGAGAUGGCUGGGGAGAGCCAGGAAGAAGCCAAAACGAAGUUUCCAUUUCCUUAUGUGCCAUACCCCAUUCAAGAAGAAUUCAUGGCUAAACUUUAUCAGGUCUUGGAGACUGGGAAGAUUGGCAUAUUUGAAAGCCCAACUGGCACAGGGAAAUCUUUGAGUCUCAUUUGUGGAGCCCUCUCGUGGCUCCGAGACUUUGAAGAGAAAAAGAGACAGGAAGAGGUCCGCCUGCUCGCAAAUGAAAGUAAUGAAAAGGGUGCAAAAGAACAGCCUGAGAAGGAAAGCCAGGCAUCGGCCGGGGAGCCCGACUGGAUCACCCAGUUUGUGCAGAAGAAAGAAGAACGGGAAAUGGCCCACAGGCUGAAGGAGGAGCAGGUCAGGAGGAAGAAGCGAGAAGAACGUCUGGAGCAAAUUCGCCACAACGUGCAGCUGAAAUACACUUCUAAAAGAAAGAGGAUGGAGGAGAAGGAGGCAGAGCAGUUACUCCACCUCAGUAAGGACAUGUUGUCUCACCCGGAUGAGUUGGGUACUUUGGAGCCGUUGGAUCAGAGUGAGGAAGAGCUGAUCCUUGCAGAGUACGAGAGCGAUGAGGAGAAGAAAGUGGGAAGUAGGUUAAGUGAAGAAGAAGAUGAUGAUGGAGAUAUAGAGGAGGAGCAUGUAACCAAGAUUUACUACUGCAGCCGAACACAUUCACAGCUGGCUCAGUUUAUACAUGAGGUUCAGAAGAGCCCUUUCGGCAAGGAGACGCGGCUGGUCUCCUUGGGGUCUAGGCAGAACCUCUGUGUGAAUGAGGAAGUGAGGCACCUGGGAGCCGCUCAGCUCAUCAACGACCGUUGUAUGGAGAUGCAGAAGAAUAAACAUGAGAAGAGUCUCACAGGAGAGGAGGCAGAGGGGAAGAAAAGGCGUGUGAGCCGAACGGUUUGUCCAUUUUACUCCUAUGAGCCCAUGCAGCUCCUUCGGGAUGAAGUUCUGGUUGAGGUGAAAGAUAUCGAGCAGCUGGUGACUCUGGGGAAGGGAAUGAAGGCCUGCCCGUAUUAUGGAAGCCGGUAUGCUAUCCCAGCUGCUCAGCUGGUGGUGUUGCCAUAUCAAAUGCUUCUGCAUGAAGCCACUAGAAGUGCGUCUGGGAUCAAGCUGAAGGAUCAGGUGGUGAUCAUUGACGAAGCCCACAAUCUGAUAGACACCCUCACCUGCAUCUACAGUGCCCAGGUUAGCGGUUCUCAGCUGUGCUGCGCCCAUUCCCAGCUCUUGCAGUACAUGGAGCGCUACAGGAAGCGCUUGAAAGCAAAGAACUUGAUGUACAUUAAGCAGAUUCUGUUUCUGCUGGAGAAGUUUGUGGCUGUUCUUGGAGGAAAGAUAGAUCAGAAUCCAAACACUCAGAGCAUUCCACAAGCAGGGGUGCAGUUGAAAUCUAUCAAUGACUUUCUGUUCCAUUGCCAGAUUGACAACAUCAACCUCUUCAAGGUUCAACACUACUGUGCGAAAAGCCUCAUCAGCAGGAAGCUCUUUGGCUUUAUGGAAAGGUACGGGGCGUCUGGAGCUCUGAAAACUCGGAAAGAAGACCAGAAGAUAUCCGGCUUGCAGAAUUUCCUGCAAACCUUGAACAAGAGGCAAGAGAAGGAAGGGACUCAACACAGCUCCCCUGAAGAGGCUGAGGCUGAGCAGCCAAAAAUGGCAUCUCCCCUAAUGCACAUUGAGGGGUUCCUGGCUGCGCUCACAAAUGCAAACCAAGAUGGAAGAGUCAUCCUCACCCGGCAAGGCACUUUAGCUCUGAGCAGCCUCAAGUUUCUUCUUCUGAAUCCAGCGGUGCACUUUGCCCAGGUGCUGAAGGAGUGUCGGGCCGUGGUCAUUGCUGGAGGCACCAUGCAGCCGGUGGCCGAUUUCCGGGAGCAGCUGCUUCUCUGUGCAGGUGUCUGUGCCGACAGGAUCGAGGAGUUCUCCUGCGGUCACGUGAUUCCCCCAGACAACAUUUUACCCAUCAUCCUCUGCAGCGGCCCAUCCAACCAGCAGCUGGAAUUCACCUAUGAGAAGCGAGGCCUACCUCAGAUGAUGGCAGAGGUGGGACGGAUUCUUUGCAACCUGUGCAACGUCGUCCCUGGGGGCGUGGUGUGCUUCUUCCCCUCUUACGAGUAUGAGAAGCAGGUUUAUACGCAUUGGGAGAAGACCGGGGUGCUUACCCAGCUGGCCUCUAAAAAGAAGAUAUUUCAGGAACCAAAGCGGGCGAACCAGGUGGAGCAGGUGUUGGCUGAAUAUGCCAAGUGCAUCAAGCGUUGCAGCCAAUCAGGAGGCCCCAUGACAGGAGCGCUGCUGUUCUCUGUAGUUGGUGGGAAAAUGAGCGAAGGAAUCAAUUUUUCCGAUGACCUGGGAAGGUGUGUGAUCAUGGUGGGCAUGCCUUACCCCAACAUCAAAUCUCCAGAACUUCAAGAGAAAAUGGCAUACCUUGACAAGACUAUGCCAAAAACUGCAGGCCAGGCACCAGGCAGAACUCUGAUUGAGAACUUGUGCAUGAAAGCGGUCAACCAGUCAAUAGGGAGAGCAAUUCGCCAUCAAAAGGACUUUGCCAGCAUUGUGCUCUUAGAUCACAGGUAUGCCCGCCCAGCUAUUUUCAACAAGCUACCUCAGUGGAUCAAGAGCAGGACUCAGACCAAACCUGUCUUUGGGCCAGCCUUUGCAGCACUAAGAAAGGUGAGUCCUAAUACCAGGCUCUGCUUAUUCCCACAACACACACACACACACACACACACACACACACACACACACACUGCAUGGAAUGAGAAUCUUGGCAUUGGUAAGCUACCAUGGCCUGCACUGGUUGGUUCAUGAGGGUGUGUGGAGCACCAGCUCACCAACAUCAUCAAAUGCCUGCCUUUUUUCUUAAAUCUAGUUAUAGACAUAACAUUUAAGGAAAUUUCGAAGCUAUUUGAAGGGGGGAAAUACUUUUUCCUCCAGUUUUCCCCACGUCAUUUUAUUUCUUGAUUUGGUGUAUUUCCAAGCAUAGACCAGGUUCCCCCUCCCCACAAUGGAAGAAGUGUGUAAGAAAGCAAGAUGAGUUAGAGGCUGUAUUGAGCAAAACUCUUGUCACCAUAUUGUAAGAGGGAUGUGCUUGGCAGAAUCCCAGGCUGCAUUCCUUGGCCUUGUUGUCCAGUUAAACGCAGAAGUGGUGCUACCAUCGCUUACAUUUUUGUCUUUUGAAUCUUCGAUCCAACAGAUUUGCAGCAGCAUGAAUUGGAUGGCAACAAUAUUAAUGUUGCUCAGUUCUUUCUCCCACUCUCAAGUUCUUUGAGGCCUAGUUAAGAGGGCAGAAACAGGCACCAGCUACGCCCAACGAGAAAGCACUGAAUCCUUCUCCCUUCUCUUGUGACAAUGGCAGUACCCUCCAAGAGGCAGAAAUACAUCUUCCACUUACAUUUGAGAGUACAGUGGUACCUCUGGUUACGAAUGCUUCAGGUUACGAGCUCCGCUAACCUGGAAGGAGCUGCUCCUGGUUGCGAACUUUGCCCCAGGAUGUGAAUGGAAAUCGCAUGCUGGAGGCCCCAUUAGCAAAAGGAUAAGCCUCAGGAUAAGAACGGACCUCCGGAACGAAUUAAGUUCGUAACCAGAGGUACCACCGUAUACAACUUGGUGCUUGCUUGUCCCUUGGUGUACAUGUUUUGUAAUGAUACUGUGCAUAGUUUUACAAAGAAAGUCUUCCUGUUAAUAUAUUUAGUCUCCUAAAAUGAUUUCUGAAACUCUUAACACCUGGUCUUAAACAUUUCUUUAUUGUUUGGAAAGAAAGUAUUUCGUAAUCCGUUUUUUUCCUUAAUUUUUUUUGGGGGGAACCCCCCCAAAAAGGCUUUGGGGACCCCCCUGAGUUUUUCCCUUCCCCCUAGGCUGUCACCUCUCUACAUCCAGUAAAUGGGGGUGGCACUGCCUAUCAGCUUCCUCCUGUGUCAGCUCAAUGUUGGCACUGUAGAAUGUAGCAGGAGAAAUGGUGGGGGCAAAGCUUGGAAUUAGUUGGUUCUGCCUCCCCCCUCCCCAGUUCCAGCAGUUGCUUAACACCUGCUCAUGGCUCAACUGUUGGAUUGUGCUCCUUGUUGAUUCUGGUGGUUCCACGCCUGAUGUAAUUUCCGUUUUGUGUUCUGCAGUUUCAUGUGGAGAAGAGAUCAAGUUGUGAGUCUUUACCCUUCAGAUAACGGAAAUGCUUGCAGCUGCCUCAUCCCUCUGUGUGAAGUAUGUUCAGUGUUUGUUUAUAUCAAUAUUGUUUUUGAAUUCCUCUCGAUAGCUAAAGCAUUCUUUCAAACCUCAUGCUCAAGGAGUUUUGUGUUGCCAAGCCUUUAGGCAUGUUGUACUAUGAGAUCAGGUUACAGAAACCAUGUGGGAGGAGAGGGGUGGUCUUCUAUUGGUGCUAGACCAAGAGUUGCUCUGUUCCUGAGGGUAAGUGAGCAGCUGUAUCCCUUGUUCAUUAGUUUCCCCCCCUUGCAUAUUUGCACCAGGGGUGGUUCUGGGCCCCUCUCUCUUGUCAUCUCUAUAGGAUAAGGGCUCCUAUACAUCUGGAUUUUCAUUAGUGGAAAUGAUGUGCUUUGUGCUUUGUCCUGGAUCUCAGAUGGGUGGGAGAGAAAACCCAAGCAGAGGUUUUGGAGAACUUUAGAGGUCUGUUUUAAAUAUCCUUUAAAGUGCGAGAAGCCAAAGCUUCUUUCCCCCUCCCCUCUGCUCAAAUGUGACAAACUACAAAGUGAAAGAGAGCAAACGUGUGUCAGGAGGACACUGACUGGGGUCACUUCAGCUUUUGAAGCUGUAAGCCUGGCUGAUGAGAAGUUUAAACUGAAUAAAUCCUUUCAGCAAGGGGG